AUGAGAAAAAGAACAAGUGAGAAGACUGAUGAUGAUAUUAGAAACAAAAUGUCACGUUUGGAAAAGGAGUUAAAGUCUGGACGAAAACCGCCCGAGGAUUUUCGUAAUAAAGGUGUGCAGGGAGCGGCGCGUGCAACCUGCGCGCAAGCUCGGUUCUACCAGCAGGCAGGCAACCGCCAGCGGCACGGCGCCCACUGCUGA